GAAACGGAAACGGAAGUUGGUGUUUGCUGAAGAUGGCGACCCCCUAUGUAACAGAUGAAUCUGGGAAAUAUAUCGCCGCCACCCAGCGACCGGACGGGACGUGGAGGAAACCGCGGCGGGUGAAGGAUGGAUACGUCCCGCAGGAGGAGGUACCGGUUUAUGAGAACAAGUAUGUGAAGUUCUUUAAGAGUAAACCAGACUUGCCGCCGGGCAUGAACCCUGAUGAUGCCGCUUUGGCCCGACAGCAGCAGCAGCAGGUUUCGGGUGGAACAGACAGUGCUGGACUCUCCAAAACAGCCAAACGCAACAUGAAGCGCAAAGAAAAACGCAAACAACAAAACGAGCAAGAAGCCAGUGUGGAAGUGGAGAGCUUGAGUCAAGACAUGGAUGGCAUGAAUAUUGCUGCAGAAGAGGUGAGGGUUAACCCUGAUGGCACAGAUCUGGCCGCAGCUGCCGUAGAGAAAGCCAAGAAGAUCAAGAACCUGCGGAAGAAGCUGCGUCAAGUCGAGGACCUCCAGCAGAAGGUGGAUUGUGGAGAGCUGAAAAGCCCCAGCAAAGAACAGCUGGACAAACUGGAGCGGGGCGAGGCGUUACGGGCGGAGCUUCAGCAGCUGGAAGGGCAUUUGUGAGAUGAACUGUCAAUCGAGGCAGCGGGGGCGUGUUUUGGAUUUCAACAGCAGAGUCUGUUUCCAUCAUCAUCACAUCAAGGUGCAUUUAUAUGUACAGUAAAGCCGUUAGCAGCUGUAACCACUUCAUACUUGUGUUUUAUACGUAAUGAAGACAUGUGGCGACAUCUUGCGCUCCAGACUCUUGAUGCAGGUCAUUUACAGGACCUGUUUGAGUGCAGAUGGUUUCCACUCUUUCAUCCAAACAGUAGUUCAGAGUGAAUGUUAGUUAUGAAUGAGCCUGUGCUGUAGAGACGUAUGGACUAAAACUCCCUGUUGUCUUUUUUUUACCACCGUAGUGAAUAAUGUUAUGAAAUAUGAAUCUGUACAAUUGUGUUAUUAAACAUAGCAUAAAAAUCUUCCCGUUUCAUAUUCCUGUCUGUUACACAGCGAAUGUUUUACUGAGUCACUGAAGGUGUUCUAACCUGCAGGAACACAAAGGUCACAGGGUCAAGUUCUGUUUAGUCCAUUAAUUAUUAAAGAGCUGCUGCAUGUUCUAAUGUCUCUCUUCACUGUCACAUUGAGGUCCUGUGAAUGAAUCUCGUUAUCAGCAGCACUUAUCAACUCGGGCCUCUAAUGGGACAUUUAUAUAUUAAUAUAUACUUGUUUACUGACCAAAACAUUUCUUUCAGUUUCACUUUUUUUAAAGUGACGAUUCUGCAUUUUUUUUUUUUUUUUCAGUUUUCCAGAAUAAUGUUUCCACACACAAAAAAAAAAGUAAUUUGUACUUCUGAUGUGUUUGUUGUGAAUGAGGAUUUACAGAACAUGAUUGAACACUACAUGGUGCAUUCCUGUUAGAUGUUCAAGUUCACCUUUUCUUUCUAUGUGAUGUCAUUUCCUGCUGUUUAAAUACACUGCAAUGACACCCUUCAGAAUAUUGAGAGUGAUUCGAGAAUGUGUGUGGGCAGAAGACAUCGUUUAGUUCUGGAUAACCACAACGGUUUGGACCAAAGCACCAAAUGAAACUCCAGACAAGCACACGCCCAGAGUGACAAACAUCAGAGUUUAAUUUAGACCCAGUUGAAAUGUGAAUAAACACACACACUGACAUCUGUUUGCAUUAAUGUUACUCUUCAUUUGUGAACGUGUUCAUAUUUGCUCUGAUUAAGAAUUUCAGCUUUAGCUCUAAAUAACAGAAUCAAGCGAGUAGAGAAGAGGACAUGAUGAGUUUACUGAUGAUGAUGAUGAUGAUCUUUACAUCCAUGUGUGAUACUCUGGACACAGCCGCACUUCAAGAGGCCACAGUUUAUCUACAGCGAUACGGUUAUUUAUCCUCUGCCAGCGCUGAUCCGCAAGAACUACAAACAAAACAAAUGAAUGAGAAUCUUCUAGAAGGUCACUGCGUUAUCUGUAACCGGCCGGCUGGACAACCGCAUACU